GUGAUGUGAUGUGAUGUUUGAGUGACAGUGAUCAUCAUGCUGCCGGCGUUCCGUCGGCUGCUGGCGGCCGCUGCGGUGUUUGGCGCCACUAUCGCUAUGGCUGCUAAGAAUGUACCGAUGACGCAAGUGGUGGCGGUGUCUGGAGAGCCAGUGUACUUACCCUGCGACAUCGCGACCCAAGACGAAGAAGAUGCGGUUCUACUUGUUCUGUGGUACAGGGAAGAUCUAGGCACGCCUAUAUACAGCGUGGACGCCAGAGAACGAGAUUUUGGAGUAGCAGAGCGGUGGUCUGACGAGAGUGUAUUUGCGUCCAGAGCCUAUUUCCUGCCAGAGAGAAGGCCCGCUGAACUCGGCGUGGACCGCGUCAGGGCUACAGACCAAGGAGUUUAUAGAUGUAGAGUAGACUUCAAACAAGCCCAAACUAGGAAUUCAAGAGUCAAUCUCACUGUUAUUGUGCCUCCUACUAAAAUGGUAAUCACGGACGACAAAGGUGAUAUCAAGCAGGCUAUUGUGGGACCAUACAUCGAAGGAGAUACGUUUUCACUUACAUGUGACGUCACCGGAGCACGACCUCGACCGUGGGUGAAGUGGUACAGAGACGAGGUAGAAACCGACACACCAGCUUCUCCGCUAUCAGGGAAUGGAGUUCGAGGAGUUCUCAGGGUAGGACCACUUACGAGAGCAGAUGUAAGAGCAGCAUUCACCUGCCGCGCGUCCAAUCAUCCAAGAGCGCAUCCUGUUGAAACAACUCUCACUUUAGAUAUGAAUUUUCCUCCACUAACAGUCCACAUACUGGGCUCCAAUCAACCGCUCUCGGCGAGCAGAAGAUAUGACCUGCUUUGUCAAAGUUCAGGAUCCAGGCCACCCGCCUCUAUUACCUGGUGGAAAAACGGACAAAGAAUCAACAACGCCAAAGAAACGCUGUCAACGGAUGGCAACACGACUACUUCUACAGUGUCCUUGCAGCUGACGAAAGCAGAUGCCGGAGCCAAGUUAGCCUGCAGGGCUUCCAAUCCCCAAAUGCCUUCUGUUCCACCAUUGGAAGAUGACUGGAUGUUGGAUAUACAGUAUGUUCCCGAAACAGUAGUCCGGUUAGGCACAAAUUUAGAUCCCAAGAACAUUCGAGAAGGAUCUGACGUCUAUUUCGAUUGCGUUAUCAACGCACACCCUUAUGUCUACAAAGUGGAAUGGAGACACAAUGGAAAGCCACUGGUCCACAACGUAGGUCACGGAAUCAUCAUCAGCAAUCAAUCCCUGGUUCUCCAAGGUGUGGGAAGACGUACAGCUGGCAACUACACCUGCGUCGGCUUCAAUGCUGAAGGAGAUGGAGAAAGCAAGCCGUUCUCAUUGGAUGUGUUAUAUGCGCCGACCUGCCGAAGCUCACAGCAAAGGGUUCAUGGAGUUGCGAAGCAAGAACGUGCCCACAUAACCUGUCACGUCGAUGCGAACCCACCUGAAGUCACUUUCCGGUGGACCUUCAACAACACAGCCAACAGCAACGAGGUCAGCGACUCCUACGUGUCCCGCGCGGGUACCAGCUCCACCGUGACCUAUACUCCUCACACCGAAAUGGACUACGGGACCCUGCUUUGCUGGGCCCACAACAGGAUCGGGAAGCAACGAGUGCCCUGCGUCUACCAUAUCAUUGCUGCCGGCCGACCCGACCAAGUCCACAACUGCACGGUGGUGAACGCAUCAUUAACCUCGUUCGGGGUUCGAUGCUCGGAGGGCUUUAACGGCGGCCUCCCGCAAUCCUUCCUGUUGGAAGUCCGGGAAAUCAUUACCCAGGAAAUCGUCGCAAAUGUUUCAAGCGCAGUACCACGUUUUACCGCAGUCGGUCUCGCGCCUGGCAGGACAUAUGCCGCAGCUAUUUUAGCUUAUAACGCUAAGGGUAGGGGAGAUCCUUACCCUUUACGAGCGAGCACGCUGAGGCCGCCAGAAAAACAUCACGUGCAUGACAAAAGUUUAGAUCUACCAAGAACAGCCUUCCAAAUGUCAGGAGCGAUGUCCGCCGCUGUGGGCGGUGGCGGAAUCAUCAUGGUCAUUCUGGUGAUCUUCAUGAUUGGCGUGAAGCAUCGUUGCGCAAAACGCAAGCCUAGGUCUGCUGCUCCACAAUCGCAACCGGCGUCCCCGGACAAACUCAGAGAGAAGGACGACAGUGAGAGCGACGACAGGAACCCUGAUAUAAUACCCUCGGAUACAGAUCAGAUGCAGAUGGAUUACUACCGUCAGCAGCAAGUGUCGACGAUCUCCCCCCCGCUGGGGCGUACGCGCGGCAGCGUGGCGGGCGUGCGGGCGCUACCUGCGUACUGCGCGCUACGGACGGCGCCUCCGCAUCCGAUGCACGAACAAAACAACUCGACGUCGGGAAUCCCGCCGCCCGCGCGGUUCGCGAGCGGGUCGUGCACGCUGCCGCGGGGCGCGGGGGCGGGAUCGGGCGCGGGCGCGGGAUCCGUGAUCCCGCUGCAGCACCUGCGCACGCUACCCCGCCCGCUUCCCGCACCGGCGCCCACCCCGCGCCUCCCGCCCCGCGACACCCCGCUCUGACAGACCACGCAACUCUAGGUGCAAUAUGAACUGCUCAAAACUCACAACGUGGUUACCUUCAGACAGCUUCUGGUAGCUUACUUCGGUAUUUCAAGAAAAUGUUUUAUAUAGCACUGUUGUUAUCUUAGAGCAAGUUAAUUAAGCAUGUUUUCGACACAAAAUCUUCUGCGACCAUUGUUAAUUCGUGUGAUGAUCGUCUCGAACUGUUUACGUCAUGUUAAAUAAUGUGUUUUAUGACAAGCGAUAAUAACGAAAUAUUUUAACUGGCAAUACUACACUUACCAAAGAGCGUUAUUCUUAUAUUCCCAACUGUCUA